AUGUCGCAGAGAAUCGAAAAGGGCGGCACCCGCUUCAAGCCCUCAAUCGUCCCGAGGCGUACUGCCGGCGCCGCCGCUGCCGGCACAUCCACACCAGCACCGCCGGCACCGUCCGCAGCGGCUGCCGGCGCUUCGCCAGCCGUCGCCGCACCCAGGCGUCCAUCCCUCGCUGCAGCCUCGCCUUCUCCUGUGCUGAGGGCGACCGCAUCCUCUAUCCAGUCGUCGCCCUCGCUCAGACCCAACCAGCCUCCGCCAAUCGGAGGCCCUCGCCCUCUCUCGUCUGGUGGUAAGAGCUUUGCCGUCGCUCCAUCGCCGUCGAGGAUCAUUGUCCCCGGACGCGCUUCGAAUGCCUCAUCUCCCUCGCUUGGGCCAUCCGCAUCGAACCAUACGCCGUUCCAGAGGCCAGCGAUCUCCCGUCAGGCUCCGGGCUCCCGAACCUCGGUCACGCCGAGCCCCUCUGGCAGUCGCCUUCGCACCCCCUCCAUCCCUCCGCUCCCUGCCGGCGAUCUCGGAGGCUAUGUUGGCACCGCAGCGCCAGCUGCCUCCACCUCGACCACCGCCGCCACCGCCGCCACCGCCGCCGCUCCGCCAAAGAAGAAGCCCUUUUCGAUCAGCGUGGGCUCCAACCGCCGAGCCGUCGACAGCGAUGCUUCUGCAGACGGAUCUGCGGCCCUUGCCGCUGUUGGGCCGUCGUCUACCGCAGACAAACAGUCAUUUUCGACGCGCAAUGCCGGCGAGAUGCCACCCCCAUCGGCGGCGGCCACGCGCGAACGGCGCGAAUCGGUGAUGGCCGCCUCCUCGAUUCCGUCUGCUGCUGGCACAGAACGUGACGGUCCCGCCGCAGGUGGCACCGGAGAAGCAGCCAGAAGUGCCGUUGCAGGUAGCGGGGCAGAGGUAACCACAUCCCAGCCGGUCAGGUCCCAGCCAGCCGACAAGGCAAGGGUGCCGGCCGAUCGACCAGAGCAGGCAGAGACUGGGAGCUUGGGCGGAUCCGCGGCCAAUGCCAAGGGCAAAGGUCGCGUGGUGGACGACGCACCUGAGCCUUCGCGACCGCGCCGAAAGACGGCGUCCCAGCAGCAGCGAAAGGCGACCGCGACAGCAGCUGCCGCCGAGGCCGACGACGACGAUGACUCUGGCUCAGGCAAUGACUUCGACGACGACGACGACGACGAUAGCUCGGAAGAGGAAGAAGAGCCAGACGAGGUCCGGAAAGCGAGAGCCGCAAAGCGGGCCGCCAGCCGGCAGAAGCGACGCCUCAAACGCGCCGAAGAGGCGUCCGGCAAGCCACGCAGGCCGCAAAGCGCCUACCUUCUCUUCAUGGGUGCGAUGAGGCAGCAGCGACGAGACGAGCUGUCGAGCACGCCCCUGACGCAGGCGACCGCGCUCUUGGCCGAAGAGUGGCGUCGCCUCGGCGCCGAGGACAGGAAGCAGUGGGAGGACAAGGCGACCGAGGCGAGAAAGGAGUACGAGCUCAAGUUGGCCGAGUGGAGCCAGGCCCACCCCAACGGCGUCGAGAUGGGCGAGAGCGACGAGAGCGGCUGGGAGACGACGAGCGAGGUCGAUGACGAGGGCAACCGGGUGCGGCGCCGGAAGGCAAAGUCAGGCGGCCGGUCAGGCUCUCGCAAGGCGCGCACCAUCUCCGACGACGAGCGCGAGUACUUUGAGCAGAUCGAGACCGAAGGGCCGGGCCUCCCGAGCAGCCGCCUCGAUGCCUCGAGCACCUCGAUGAGCGACCUCUCGGUGCCCGACCUGAAGCGUGGACGGGCCGGUCCGAGGACCUUUGAGCUCGAGCGGGUGCGGCGACGCCAGGCCGAGGAGCGCAAGACCGCCCUCAAGGAGGCCGCGGAGCAGCUCGAGGAGCGCAAGAGGCUCGGCAUCUCUGGCACCUCGUUCGCCGCGCCCACCUUUGGCAUGGGCGGGCCAAGCGGCUCCUCGAAUGCCGACGCCGACGGCGGUGGCAAACGCAGCAACGGCAACGAGAUUAUCGAAGGCGAGGAAGAAGUGGAUGACGACGACGACGAUGACGACGAUGAGGAGGGCGACGGGGCGAGCGGCGCAGGGCCGUCGGGCAGCUCGCGUCGCUCGGCUCGUCGGGCGCCCUCGGUGGCCGGGACCGAGCACUCGUUUACCGAGAACCGCUUUGCGGUGCAGACGCGCAUCGUCGACGGCAAGAUUGUUGUCGACGAGACCAGUCUGUUUGCCAACUACGGCAACGGCGAAGAGGACCGCGAGGGCAUGGAGGUCGUUGAUGAGCGCGAGGGAGACCGCUUCGUCAACAGCGCGACGCGUGGCAAGGCGUUUGGGCGGUACAAGAGGUGGUCGGACGACGACAACGCCAAGUUCUACUGGGCCAUCCGCCAGUGGGGCACCGACUUUGAGAUGAUCUCCCGCCUGUUCCCCGGACGGGACCGCGGCAUGAUCAAGAAGAAGUGGAACAUCGAGGAGCGGGCGAACCCAAAGAAGAUCGACGAUGCGCUCAACAACCGGCUCGCGAUCGACAUCGACGCCUAUGCCCAGGCGGCCAACAUUGACUUUUCGGGCCCCAUGCCCGAGAUCUCGGCGACGCUGGGAGACUGGGCGGCGGCGCUCGAGGCCGACGAGGCUGCUGCCAACGUCAAGAAGCGCGAGGGUACCGCGCCGGAGAGCGGCUCUCGCACUGGACGCGGAAACAACGACGACGACGACGACGACGACGACUGGGAGUACGAGGAGGUGAUUGAGAUUGACGAUGACGGCACCGAGACGGUCACGCGCAAGCGCAUCGGUCGCAAGGGUGGCUUGAGCGGCAAGCGGCGCAAGACUUCGCGCAAGCCGUCGCUAUCGCAGGCGGCGCCGGCCGAAGCGAUGCCGCCGCCGCCAGCAGCUGCGGACGAGGCCGCUGCCAGACCGCCGUCGAUCGGAGCCGGCUCGCAGAAGAGCGGUCGGGUGCGGGGCAACUCGGUGGCGAGCAGCCAUGCGACGAGUGGCGGCGGCGGUGGAGGUUCUGGAGCGGGCGGUUCGAGGCGAAUGAGCCGCUCGGAUGCAUCGACGGCUGCGGCCAUGGAGCGCGAGCGCAAGCAUCGCGCCUCGGAGCUACGCGGCAGCGAGGCGCCCACCGAGAGGAUGGAAGUCGAGGAGAUUGUGGGCGAUGCCUGA